UUAACAUGAAUGGCUCGCGUUCUUGGGAGAACAAAAGGGGUCUACAUGAAAAUAAUGGAGAAUAAUAUGGACAAAAAUCCAGAACUUGCUUGCUAUAAUGGAGUCAUGUGUUCUAAACGCAAUACUAAAGUUUUAAAGUUCCACACAAUGAUGAAGAGAAAAAAACGUACGUUUUUAAAGUCUCACACCAAUAAAAUUACGGUUCUCAAAACAUUUAAUACAUUAUGAACUAAAUGUAAAUCUUUUUUCUUCACUUCGAAAUUAAGUUGUUUGAUUUUGAAUUGAUAUGAAUACUUUUGAGUGCAAGCUCAUCAUGGUAUUUGCACUAUUUCCUUAGUAAAGCAAACUUGAAAUCCUUUGUUAUUGCACUAUUUCCCACAAUUUCUCUCUUGGUGUUUUCAUCCAAUGUAUAUAUUGUUCAUUGACUAGCUGAGAAUAAUAGGAUCACAUUUUGACUAGGUUUUGAAUAUCCUAUUCAAGUUUAAUGUGGAUUUAAAGAAGUCAGACCAGACGUGCAUUUGAAGAAAUUUACAGCUGUUCCAAACACAACAUUAAUAAUCCGAAAUUCGGUUGAUUAACUAAGAGCGAAAAUUGCUCUAAAUUAUUAAAAUUACCAUUACUAUAAACCCAAUUAUGCAAAAAUAUUUGUUGAAACACCAUAUAUAAAAAGGAGAGAUGAAAUGAAAUUCUUCAAAUCUAAACCGAAUCCAAUCCAAUUAUUAAAAAAACACAUAAACCUAAUCCAUUUUAUUUUGAUGGGCCCCAUUAACUAAAGAUAUAUAAAUAGCAUCAUUUAAAACCCUAAAACAUUCAAACUCACAACUUUUCGAGUCGCAUUCAACUCGUCACUGAGAAACUAGUUUCAAUCGCAAUCAACAGUAACAAAUUCCGACCUAGUAAUUCACAGAAUAAUGGAUGAAGUGGGUAGCAGCUGUGAGUGGAGCAGAGAUCAAGACAAAGCAUUUGAAAAUACAUUGGCGAAUUAUCCCGAGGACGCUGUGGAUCGAUGGGAGAAAAUUGCGGCUGAUGUGCCCGGGAAAACUUUAGAAGAGAUUAAACGUCACUAUGUGGUUUUGUUUGAUGAUAUCAACCACAUUGAAUCUGGUUUUGUGCCUCUGCCAGAUUAUGAUUCUUUUUCAAAGAGCUCAACAACGUGUGCUGGUGAAGGAGGAGCUGUGAAAAAGGGAACUAAGGCUUCGAGUUCUUAUCAAGAACGGCGAAAGGGUGUUCCUUGGACGGAAGAUGAACAUAGGCUAUUUCUUCAAGGCCUGGAGAACCAUGGAUGGGGUGACUGGCGAAGUAUAUCAAGGUACAGUGUGGUGACAAGAACACCUACACAAGUAGCAAGCCAUGCUCAGAAAUACAAAAUUCGUCAGGAUUCAAUGAAAGAGAAGAAAGAAAGAAGGCGAUCCAGCAUACAUGAUGUCACCUUUGUCAAAAAUGGAGACAUUUCAGCACCUCAAGGACCAAUUACCGGUCAAGCAAGCAAUUCUGCUGCAAAUUCUGCUGGACAAUCAGCCGAACAAGCUCCUCCAGUCCCACCUGCUGGAAUCAAAACUCUUGAUAAUCCUCCAUCCCCACCUGCUGGAAUACACGCUGCUCCUAGGAUCGGGCAACCUAUAGGAGGACCAGUUGUAUCUGCAGUUGGUACUACAGUGAAUUUGACUGCUCCCGGAGACAUGGAUUAUGGUCUUGGACCAGUUUCUGAGACAGUUAUGCCAGGGGUACCAAUGAACCUGGGUCCUAUGACAUAUGCCAUGCUACAUACAUAUGCUCAAUCAUGAAGUGGUUAUAAGAGGCGCAGUGUACAUGCAUAGAAAGAACAUUUAGUUUUUAAUUCUUUUUAUAUUCGUACAUUGUUGCUUGUAUCCAAGCUAGAGUUUUUUUGCUCAUUCAAUUAUUUUGAAUAAGACAUGAAUAUUUGACAUCCUUAGCAUAGGACUGCAUUUAAGUAAAAAAUAAUUGUGAAUAUUUAGAUUGUUAUUAAUUAUUUUUACCGAAUGAUUUAAAUUGUUAUUACAGAUAAUCAUAUAAAGCGAUUCGUGAUGUA